AUCGGCGGGGCCGGGAUGGCGGGGGCUCGGCGGCUGUGGCUGCCCUGGCUCCUCCUGCGGCUGCUGCCGACCGCAGCCUUCAACCUGGACGCCACUAGCACCCUGCUGAAGGACGGCGACAAGGGCAGCCUCUUCGGCUUCGCCGUGGCUCUGCACCGGCAGCUCAGCCCCGAGCCGGCCGGGUGGCUGCUGGUGGGGGCCCCCCAGGCCUCAGCACUGCCCAGCCAAGGGGCCAACCGGACCGGGGGCCUCUUCGCCUGCCCACUGACCCCUGAGCUCUCUGACUGCUGGCGGGUGCCCAUCGAUGAGGGAGUGGACUUGCAGCGGGAGAGCAAAGAGAAUCAGUGGCUGGGGGUGAGCGUGAAGAGCCAAGGUGCUGGCGGCAAGAUCGUGACCUGUGCCCACCUGUAUGAGGCGCGGCACCGGGUGCGACAGCCCCUGGAGACUCGGGACGUGAUCGGCCGCUGCUUCGUGCUGAGCCAGGACCUGCGGGUGCAGGACGAGCUGGAUGGCGGCGAGUGGAAAUUCUGUGAGGGGCGGCCACAGGGCCACGACCGCUUUGGCUCCUGCCAGCAGGGCCUGGCCGCUGCCUUCAGCCCUGAUCACCACUACAUCCUCUUUGGGGCCCCCGGCACCUACAACUGGAAGGGGAACCUGCGUGUGGAGCUGCUUAACCAGAGCUCCCUCGAUCUGCUGCGCUACGAUGACGGCCCCUACGAAGCUGGGGGCGAGAAGGACCAGGACCCCUCGCUCAUUCCCGUGCCCGCCAACAGUUACUUCGGGCUGCUCUUUGUGACAAACAUUGAUAGCUCAGACCCCGACCAGCUGGUCUACAAAACGCCCGAGCCCGGCGAGAAGGUGCCCGGUGCAGCUGGCGACGUGGCCCAGAAUAGCUACUUGGGCUUCUCGGUGGACUCUGGCGCGGGGCUGACGCGGCAGCGGGAGCUGAGCUUUGUCACCGGAGCCCCCCGCGCCAACCACACCGGCGCCGUGGUCAUCCUGCGCCGCGACAGCGCCAACCGCCUGGUGCCCGAGGCCGUGCUGCCCGGCCAGCAGCUCACCUCCGCCUUCGGCUACGCCGUCGCCGUCCUCGACCUCAACAGCGAUGGAUGGAUGGACCUGGCAGUGGGGGCUCCCCACUUUUUUGAGCGCAAGGAGGAGAUCGGGGGGGCUGCCUAUGUGUACAUCAACCCGGCGGGACGCUGGGACUCUGCCACUCCCCUGCGCCUCAACGGCAGCCGCGGCUCCAUGUUUGGCAUCGCCCUCAGCGCCGCCGGAGACCUCAACCAUGAUGGCUUCGAGGACCUGGCUGUUGGAGCCCCCUUCGACGGUGCCGGCAAAGUCUACAUCUACCACGGCAGCAACUUGGGCAUUGUGGCAAAGCCAGCGCAGGUCCUGGACGGGGAGGGCGUGGGGGUGACAGCUUUUGGUUACUCCCUCUCGGGGGGGGUGGAUGUGGACGGGAACCUCUACCCCGACCUCCUUGUUGGCUCCCUCUCUGACGCCGUCGUGCUGUACAGGGCCCGGCCAGUCGUCCAUGUCUCCAGGAACAUCUCCCUGAUCCCCUCCAACAUCGACCUGGAACACAGCAAUUGCCAACACCAGGAGGGUGUCUGUGUGGAGGUCCAAACCUGCUUCAGCUACACAGCCAGUCCCUCCAGCUACAGCCCCUGCCUCGUGCUGGAGUACAUGUUGGAUGCUGAUGCGGACCGUCGGCGCCUGGGACAAGCCCCUCGUGUCACCUUCCUCGGCCGCCACCCCUCGGACGCCGAGCAUCAGUUCUCGGGCACGGUGGAGCUGCCCCGGCAGAACGCCCGUGCCUGCAUCAGAGCCACCUUCCAGCUCCAGGACACCAUCCGUGACAAGCUGCGGCCCAUCCCUGUCACACUCGCCUAUGCUGUGCAGGGGACUGCGGCCACGCGGCAGAGCCGGGCAGCCCCCCUGCCCCCCCUGCCCCCCCUGCCCCCCGUGCUCAGCCCGAAGCAGCCCAGCAGCCACCGCACAGAGGUGCAUUUCCUGAAGCAGGGCUGUGGGGAUGACAAGAUCUGCCAGAGCAACCUCCAGCUCCGCUUUGAGUUCUGUGCCCGUGUUGGGGACGCAGAUUUCCUGCCCCUGCCCAGGGGUGCAGAUGGCACUGCCAUCUUUGCCAUGAGCGACCAGAAGGACGUGGCCCUGGAGAUCCAUGUCACCAAUGUGCCCUCGGACCCAGUGGAGCCGCAGCGGGACGGGGACGAUGCCCACGAGGCGCUGCUCACCGCCACCUUCCCCCCAGAGCUGCCCUACUCUGCCCUGCGCCCCUACGACAGCCGGGCACCCUCGGACAAGCCGGUGGUCUGCCUGGCCAACCAGAAUGGCUCACAGGUGGAGUGUGAGCUGGGGAACCCCAUGAAACGUGGAGCUCAGGUGCGGUUCUUCCUCAUCCUCAGCACUCUCGGCAUCACCAUCCAGACCACGGACCUGGCGGUGGAACUGGCCCUGUCCACGAUCAGCGAGCAGCCGGGGCUGGAGCCCGUGGUGGCUCGUGCCCGUGUGGUGAUCGAGCUGCCGCUCUCCGUGACAGGCGUGGCCGUGCCCCCCCGGCUCUUCUUCGGCGGCGUGGUGCGGGGGGAGAGCGCCGUGCGGCGGGAGAGCCAAGUGGGCAGCGCCGUGAGCUUCGAGGUGACGGUCUCCAAUCGGGGACAGUCGCUGAAGACUUUGGGCUCAGCUUUCCUCACGCUCCUCUGGCCACACGAGAUCAGCAACGGGAAGUGGCUGCUGUACCCGCUGCAGCUGGAGCUGACGGUGCCCCCGGGGCAGCGGGAGCCCUGCAGCCCGGCCGCCAACCCGCUGCGCUUGGCCCUGGUACCGCUGCGGGAGCGGGGCCGGGGCGCGGCAGAGCCACCGGCGGAGGCUGAGGUCACCGAGGCGCCCGCCCCGGGGUCCUGGCGGGUACCGGCCCCUGCCGAGAGGAAGAGGAACGUUACGCUGGACUGUGCGCAGGGCACCGCGCGCUGUCUGUCCUUCCGCUGCCCGCUGCGCAGCUUCGAGCGCGCCGCGGUGCUGACGGCCCGCGGCCGCCUCUGGAACAGCACCUUCCUGGAGGAGUUUCUGGCCGUCACCUCCGUGGAGCUAAUUGUCCGUGCCAGCGUUUCUGUCACCUCCUCCAUCAAGAACCUGGUGCUGAAAGAUGCUUCAACACAGAUCCCCGUCUCCAUCUACCUGGACCCCGGGGCAGCGGUGGCUGGUGGUGUGCCGUGGUGGGUCAUCCUGCUGGCCGUGCUGGCCGGCGUGCUGGUCCUGGCCCUGCUUGUCUGCAUCCUCUGGAAGUUGGGCUUCUUCCGGCGGGCGCGCUCCCCGCCGCCGGCCGUGCCGCGGUACCACGCCGUGAAGAUCCCGCGGGAGCAGCGGCAGCAGUUCCGCGAGGAGAAGACAGGCACGAUCCAGCGCCAGGAGUGGGCCGCCAGCCCCGCCGACGCCAACGACGGCCGCGUCGCCCCCAGCUCGGCGUAGCGGACACCGGACGGACGCGGGGCCCUCGGGGAGGGUGCCGCGGGGCACGGCCCGCGCCGGGACGGGGCCGGGGAGACUGGGGGGAGGGUCGGGCCCGCGGCCUCACGCGACGCAAUAAAAGCGGCGGCCGCCCCGCACCGAGCCCGUCCCGUCCGUUCCUCCGGGAUCCGCCGCGAUGGGAGCGGCCCGUAGCGGGCGGCGAGUGCCGGGCGCGCUCCCGAGCCCCGGCUGCCGCCCUGACGGGGCUGGGGCUCGGCCUCGCCCCCGGGCUGGGCCCG